AUGCCCGCGAAGACGCUGAUGGGGGCGCCGGGGGACCUGGCGGCGAUCGAUGCGCGGAAGACGCAGCUCAGGAUCGUGCUGCAGGACCUGCUGCUCCGCCCCGACACGAGGACGAGCCAGCAGCUCCGGCAGUUCCUCGCUCUCGACUCGCACGUGGAAACGGCCAUCAGGUCCAUGCAGCCCGACGCCCUGCGCACGUUCGAGGACCCGCGCUUCGGGGUCAGCGGGCUGUGCGCGGCGCCGAGCGCAAGCCUUCUGAUCGUGACGCACGAGGACUCCACACACCUCUCGAGGCUCGGUCGCGUGUGGUCCGUCGUGGAGCCCGACGAGCUGGGCGCCCUCCACCUCUGGGGCCAGGGCAUCGACGGUGCGUGGAUGCGGGCGCAUUCCCAUACUUACGGCAUCAAGGCGCGGUCGCUGGCAUGGGAGGACCCGAAGUGA